AUGCUUUUUCUCCCAACCAGCUUAUCAACCACCGAAAAAUUGAUACCAUUGACUAUGCAUCCAUUACACAUAAUCGUUUAUGAUUCGGGAAAGAUUUCAAAUCUAUCCCUAGUUUUACUAGAUCUGAAGGACGGAACGAUAGCGGCGAUGCUUGAUGAUUUGCCACGGACGACGGUCAUGGUUGUUGAUUCGCUACAAAACGAAGACGACGAUGGUUGUGAUCCACCACAGACGGAAACGACGGCAACACUGGUUGUUGAUCUGCCACAGACAGCAACGAUGGUUUUUGAUACCGUUAUAAACGACGGUGACGAUGGUUGUUAA